UGCUAUGCUAUGCUACGCUACCUACCGAGGUCUGCAUGGCUGGCAGGCUGGCAGGCAGGCAGGGGUUGGAACAACGACGCGGGUGCUUGCAGCAAUCCAUGGUACGUUGCGAUACGCCACAGACACGGGAGUGUAUAUUGCGAACAAUACAAAGGAAUAUGGAAUCGAGCAUUUUCGUCAUCUACUGUAGCCAAUUCUCAACCGGUGCGCCUUGACUCGACUCUGGGAUCAGGCCGAGACACGGAUAUCUGCCAUUCGUCAAUCAGCCCCACCCGGCUGUGUGCAACCAACCCUGCCCUUUUUUCCUUUUUUUUUUCUCUUUAUCUUCUUCUUUUCCUUUUCCUUCGCCUUCGGAUACCUGCUUGUGUACUUGUGUACCCGAAACCCAAAUCUUGAAUCGUGCAUAUGGGCAGCAUUGACUCAUCUGCUCCGGCGCUAUCGGCAUGCCAUGACAGUCGGACUAAACACCAUCUCGCUCGCUCGCUUCCGACGCCCCACCACACACCACGGCCCUGUAGUCCCGUAGACUAGACCGUCCUUCUCCAUCCGCCACACCAUCUUCUGUAACCCUUCCUGGGGAUGCUUGUAUCCAGCAAUACCACCAUCGUAUACCCGCCAGCCAAUCGUAUCCCAGAACAGCGCCAACACCAACCUCACAUGACUGAAAACCUAUGCGGGUGGGACCCUUCUCGCCCAUUUGUACGCACCCACCAUCGUAGACGGCGCAUGCCCAAAGGGACAUGUUAUCCACUCGACGAGAUCAAGAGGCAAAUGCAAAUACCGCAAAUUUAUCUCCUACAUGUGUCAUGGUCGACUGUCUAGAGUCUGCGGCUAUACCCCGGGUGUGGAGUCGUCAUCGGUCGAGGCACUACCCCAUCGCAGCGGAUCAAAAUAUCGAUGGUGAACUAGCUCUAGCAUUCCUGGCUGCAUUCAACACAUUCUACCCAUCUAUAUCCGCAGACGCACAUCACACUCAAUCACAAUUUAUACCGUGUGAAGACCCAGUGUGAACAACAGCAAACAUGCUGGGGACUAACUACUACCUCAAGUGGUCCUCUAGACCAUCUAUUAGCCUUCUCCACAGUUGGUGGGCUGUUCGUCCCAACGGCCAGUAGCACCAUGGUGUCAUUAGUCCAGCAACCAACCUCGACAUGGAACCAAUGCCUUCAAAAUCCGUCUUCACCAUACACAUCUUUUUCUGAAAACUUGCAUGCUCCCUUACUGACUCAACAUUACACAAACUAUGGCCUCAAAGUUGAGGCUUGGAAUAUUAGUCUGCUAGCUGUCAUUGGAAUAUGGGCGUCGGUUCAUAUAUUGCUGUACUGGAAAUCGAUACGAUCUCGAUGCAUCCACGACAACUUGUUAGGUAGGUGUCCCCUACUUUGGAGUGCAAUCGUCAUCACAAGCUC